AUGCCGACUACGGAGUACAAAUUCGAGGGCUGGCUCGGCCUCGACAAGUCUGCCGCGGACGGGAACAUGGUCUGGAGAGAGUUCGAGCCCAAGCCGUGGGAGGAAACGGACGUCGACCUGCGAGUCACCCACAGCGGCAUCUGCGGCACCGACUUACACACGCUGCGCAGCGGCUGGUACGAGGCCCCGUAUCCGAUCUGCGUCGGCCACGAGAUCGUCGGCGUCGUCGUGCGCGUCGGGUCCGAAGUCGGGGGAGACAUUGUCGUCGGAGACCGCGUCGGCGUCGGUGCCCAGGCCGACUCCUGUCUCGGCCGCUUCGGCCCUUGCAAGCCGUGCGACGCCGGCGACGAGCCUUACUGCGGGAAGCUUGUGCAUACGUACGGCGCCGCCCACUACAACGGCGGGAAAGCCAUGGGCGGCUACGCGACGUACCACCGCUGUCCCUCGCACUUCGUGUUCAAGCUUGACGUGAGGCUCGACUCGGCCUCCGUUGCCCCCAUGCUCUGCGGCGGCGUUACCGUCUACUCGCCGCUCAAGCGCAACGGAUGCGGGCCCGGGAAGACUGUCGGGGUCGUCGGCGUGGGCGGACUGGGCCAUUGCGCUAUUCUGUUCGCGAAGGCCCUGGGAGCGGACAGGGUGGUUGGGAUCUCCCGCGGCGGAUCGAAGCGGGUGGAGGUGCUCAGGAUGGGCGCGGACGACUACAUCGCCACGAGCGAGCAGCCGGGCUGGGCCGGGGCGCAUUCCGGCUCCUUCGACAUCGUCAUCAACACCGUCGGCACGAACAAGAUGCCCUUUGGCGAGUAUCUCGGCCUCGUGGGCGUCGACGGCACCUUCAUCCAGGUCGGCCUGCCGGACGACGGCAACUUCGAGGUCAGCCCGAUGCUGCUCGUCUCGCGGCGCAUCAGACUCACCGGGUCCAGCAUCGGAUCGCGCAGGGAGAUCCGCGCGAUGCUGGACCUGGCUGCAGACAAGGACAUUAAGCUUUGGGUCCAAGAACGGCCCAUGUCGGAGGCGAAUCAGGGGAUUGUGGAUUUUGAGGCCGGGAAAGCCCGCUACCGUUAUGUUCUGACGUUGUAG